AUGCCUUCCGACAAGCAAAAUCACGCCGUCCUUACUUCCACUAUAUCCAAUGGGUGUCCCAUUAGCGAUCCAAAAGCCAUGCUCAAGAUGGAAAAGUUUGGCCCCAACUUGCUUCAAGACCACCAUUUGGCUGACCUUUUCGCUCACGUUCGAAGUGAGCGAAUUCCAGAACGUGUGGUCUAUGCCAAAGGUACUGUAAAUAUGGCUAUUUUGAAGUUACCGAUGAUGUAUCUGGCUUGGUGA